AUGGCGCUACGCAAUUUUAUUGUGCGCCGAGGAGCACCAGCAGUAUUCUACAGCGACAGAGGAACCAACUUUGUUGGUGCAGAACGAGAAUUGAAGCAGGCGCUGGCAACAAUUGACCACGACAAACUAGUGCAAGAGUUUGUGAACUCUAAUACGUCCUGGCACUUCAAUCCACCGGCUGCUCCACAUAUGGGGGGUAGUUGGGAGCGGCUCGUUCGGUCCGUGAAACGGACGCUUUCGGAACUCAAACCAUCACCGCGCCCAACUGAUGAAGAGUUGAGAAACGCACUGAUUGAGGUUGAGGGGAUUCUCAAUGCACGCCCGCUCACGCAUGUCCCUAUCGACGACACAGAUGCUCCGGCUCUCACCCCGAACCACUGGCUGUUAGGAAGCUCCGAUGGUUUCAAGCCAUGGUCUCUACUGGACGGUAAUUCCAUCGCUCUACGACGUGGUUGGCAUCAAUCGCAAGCAUUCGCCAACCACUUCUGGCAGAGAUGGCUCCGGGAAUACCUUCCGGAGAUAACUAGGCGCAGCAAGUGGCACGAAAAAACCCGGCCAAUCCAAGAAGGCGACAUCGUACUCAUCGCAGAUCCGGCACUACCACGAAAUUGCUGGCCGAAAGGGCGUGUCAUCGGCACCGUGAAUCGAGAUGGCCAGGUGCGCAGAGUAACCAUCCAGACCGCCAGGGGUGUGUAUGAAAGGGCAGCUGUACACGUGGCGGUACUCAAUGUCGGCCAUAAGAAGGAGUUGGCUGUCUCAGAGGCGGAGUCAGCAAACUGGGGGGGAGUGUCACCGAAUCCCCUCGGUGUCAGCGAAGCAACGCGUCAGAAGAGCAUUGACGCGCCGACGCGUACGCGAGAUGACAGCGAACGUCCGAAAGGAGGGAAUGGCAAAUCCGUCAGUCAUGGUGACGAGACAGAAAUUAAUGAAAACGAAGACUAAAACGUGAUUCCGAAGAACAAAGCAUACAUAGUUAUAGUGUUAUAUGGAAAUAUUCCAAAAUCCCUACGAAUGUUGUUUGCCUUAAAUCUAGUUUAUACUUAUCUACUUUCUUAAAACUACGGUAAAACAAUCUUAUAUAAGGUGUUUAAAGUGGAUUCCUUAAUUUCCGAUAUCAAUUAAUUAUCCUAUUAGUUGCCUGGGAAUUCUAUCCGCCGAUUUGGUGCACGAGUCCAAUUCUGAUAACGAUAUCGGUUGGUGUUACGGUAGGGUUCCGAAGAAGCAGUUAGCCAGUAUUGGGAGACCGGUAGAACGAUUCUAAAGCACUAAACGUAAGAUUAGAGUUUGUUGUCUCCAAUAUGUAUGUAUUCUAACUGAUUCACCUUAAUAUAGGAUUUUAAAACCCUGUCUUGCCAAAUAAAGGGAAUUCUGAACUCGGAAACCACGU